UGAGCCUGCCUCCCCUCCGGGCCCGCAGGGAUUUGGGGGCUGAGCCGUCUGGGGUUCCAGGGCUGAUGCAGUGCCGGCUCCUCCGGGGCGCGGCCGGAGUCCUCAUCACCCUUCUGUGCAUGGGGCUGCUCUCCCUAAGGCACCGCUCGAGCCCGGCCGCCCAGGAUGUGCAGGAGACCCCUGCGCUGAGCCCGGCCAGCCCUCGGCCCCCCGACCUGCAGCUGCACCACAUCUUCAUCGCUGUCAAGACUACCCGCGCCUUCCACCGCUCGCGCCUGGAGCUGCUGCUCGACACGUGGGUCUCCAGGACCAGAGAACAGACCUUCAUUUUCACCGACAGCCUGGAUGAAGACCUCCAGAAGAGACUGGGGUCCCACCUUGUGGUCACCAACUGCUCCGCGGAGCACAGCCACCCAGCCUUGUCCUGCAAGAUGGCUGCUGAGUUCGAUGCCUUCUUGGCCAGCGGGCUGAGGUGGUUCUGCCAUGUGGAUGACGACAACUAUGUGAACCCGAGGGCGCUGCUGACCCUGCUGAAAGCCUUCCCCGCCACCCGCGACGUCUACGUGGGCCGGCCCAGCCUGAACCGGCCUAUCCGCGCCUCUGAGCCACAGCCCCACAACCGCACGAGGCUGGUGCAGUUCUGGUUUGCCACGGGUGGUGCCGGCUUCUGCAUCAACCGCAAACUGGCUCUGAAGAUGGCCCCGUGGGCCAGUGGCCCCCACUUCGUGGACACCUCUGCCCUCAUCCGGCUGCCUGACGACUGUACCGUGGGCUACAUCGUGGAGUGCAAGCUGGGCGGCCGCCUGCAGCCCAGCCCCCUCUUCCACUCCCACCUGGAGACCCUGCAGCUGCUGGGGGCCCUGCAGCUCCCAGAGCAGGUCACGCUCAGCUACGGCAGCUUUGAGGGGAAGCUCAAUGUCAUCAAGCUCCAGGGUCCCUUCUCCCCGGAGGAGGACCCCUCCAGGUUUCGCUCUCUCCACUGUCUCCUCUACCCAGAUACUCCCUGGUGCCCCCAGCUGGUGGCCCGAUGAACCCUGGUGGACAGAGGUUGGGCUGAGGCCUCGGAUACACCCUCGCCUCCCUAGGCAGCCUUGAGGGCCCAUGGCAAGUGCCUGUGGUGGACAGUCCCCGGCAGGGCCCCGAGCAUGGGCAAGCCCAGGAUUGGAGGCUGGCAGAGAAGCAUCCCUGCGCCCUGGGAUGUGGGCCGGCUGCCCCGAGACUAGGUGAAGACCCAAGAGGUCCCAGGGGCUGGACUUCUGUGGACUUUGGGGUGUCUGAAUUGAACAAGGGGAGGGGCUCUCAAGCCGGGCUGGACUCAGGGGUCCUAACCCUCUGGAGAGUUACUUAGGGGGCCAUGUGGCAGCUCUGUCUGUUAGUGCAAACCGAGCAAGGUCAGCAGAGAAGCUUCUGGGGAAGCUUUUGUACCCCUGCGCCCCAUCUUUCUGCCGUGAAUAUGGGUGUGAUGUCUGGCUCUGGGGCUGCCGUGUUGCUACCAUGAAGCAAAGGUCAAGACAGCACCUGCAGCUGUCCCUCCUGGCAUCUCUUUCUGUAAGAAAAUUAAACCCUUAUUUGU